UGGAUAAAUAAACAAACACUGCGUAUUUCUCCAGCACCUGUCGUUUGUGAAAACUUUCUUAGGGAAACUUUUCGGCCAGUGGGUUGAACUAUUCCCUCUGCAGGGGCGUGCAAUCAGGAUUUAGCCCGUUUCAGGAAGGAAACCGCAGCCUGUUUGAGUCCCUGCCAACCCGCGGCUCAAGAAAUGGAACAGACCCGGAACUCCAGUUCCUUAUUGAUCCACCUAAAACAAUCUUUGCGGAGUCCCAAUGCGUUCACCACAAAGUAAUGCUGAACUUUAAAGAGAAAUAAACCAUGUCAGCCGCGGUGGAAGUGGCGAAAGAGGAGCUGAAGGAGGUGAACAUAUGUGACAUCUGCCCGGAGGAGGAGAGCGGAGUUUUCCUCAGCGCAGGUGCGUCCUACCUGGACGGCUUUUCGGGGUUUCAUAAGUGGGUCUCAAAGAUUGAGGUGUCGGAUGGAGACUGUGAGAAAACGUCAUCCAGGAAGGCUCACGAGGAGGAGAAAGGAGGUCUGUAUUUUGAUCGAGAGGAGCUGAAAGACUCCCGGGCUUCAUCUUUGGUGGAUUGUUUGCUGGUGGAGCUUUAUGACACGUACAGUCACGGUGUCCCAGGCUUGGACAGCUCCACUGAGGCCUCCAGCUCGGACGCUUUUCUGGGCAGGAGCAACAGCGGCUCUAGCUUUCUGCAGGAGCUCCAGGAGAAGCACACCAGGCGCCAUCAGGUCAAAUAUCUGGCUCAGAAAGGUCCAGAAGAGCUGAAGUGGAUUGUCCAGGAGGUGAAAUACCGCAUCGCUGUACAGUCGGCUAAACUAGUGCGGCAGGCCAAAAGGAAAGAUCGACUCCGGCAGAAGUUCCAGAAGAACUGCGAUAUCGUGACCGCCUGCCUGCAAGCCGUCUCGCAGAAAAGACGAGUGGACACCAGGUUGAAGUUCACUAUCGAACCCUCUCUAGGCAAGAACGGCUUUCAGCAAUGGUACGACGCUCUGAAAGCAGUGGCCAGACUGCCGGUCGGCAUUCCCAAAGAGUGGAGGAAAAGAGUCUGGCUGACCCUGGCUGACCAGUAUCUUCACAGCAUCUCUAUAGACUGGGAGAAAACCAUGAGAUUUGCCUUCAAUGACCGCAGCAAUCCAGACGAUGACUCUUUGGGAAUACAAAUAGUAAAGGAUCUGCACCGGACAGGCUGCAGCUCUUACUGUGGGCAGGAGGCGGAGCAGGACCGGGUGGUGCUGAAGCGGGUGCUGCUGGCUUAUGCCCGCUGGAACAAGACUGUAGGAUACUGUCAGGGAUUUAAUGUGCUGGCGGCACUUAUCCUGGAGGUCACUGAGGGCAAUGAAGGAGACGCUUUAAAGGUGAUGAUCUAUUUGAUCGACAAGGUGCUUCCGGACAGUUAUUUCGCCAAUAAUCUGCGAGCACUCUCUGUGGACAUGGCCGUGUUCAGAGACCUGCUGCGGCUGAAGCUUCCAGAACUUUCUCAGCACCUUCACCACCUCCAAAAAGUGGCCAAUCGCGAAGCUGGAGGCAGCUACGAGCCUCCACUCACCAACGUUUUCACCAUGCAGUGGUUUCUGACCAUGUUUGCCACGUGUUUGCCUCAUCACACCGUGCUGAAGAUCUGGGAUUCGGUGUUUUUUGAGGGAUCAGAAAUGCUGCUGCGUGUCGCUCUGGCCAUUUGGGCCAAACUGGGAGAGCGUAUUGAGGAGUGUCAGACAGCAGAUGAAUUUUACAGUAUUAUGGGCUGCCUGACGCAAGAAAUGCUGGAACACAAGCUCAUCGACUCCAAUGAACUCAUGCAGACGGUUUACUCCAUGGCUCCGUUCCCAUUCCCACAGCUGGCUGAGCUCAGGGAGAAAUACACCUAUAACAUCACACCGUUCCCUGCGCCGGUCAGAGCCAACAGCAGUCUGGCCCUCCAUGGUUGGGAGAGUGAUGAUGAUGCUGACAUGGAUGAUGAAGACUCUAUCGUCACCGCUCUGGGCUGUCUGGGACCACUAGGUGGCCUCCUGGCCCCUGAGAUCCAAAGAUACCAAAGGCACCUCAAAGAUCAGAGAGCGGAGCAGAGCUGUAAUGGCAGUAAUAUGGCAGAGCUCAGUCCCGGGGCGGUUGGCGCAGGACGAGCCGAACACCAGGCUGCCAUCAACAGCAUGAUGCUGGAGCGCAUGAGCACUGACAUCAGCGCCCUGAAGAAACAGUACUCGCGUAUUAAACAGAAACAACAGCAGCAGGCCGGACUGCUCUACAUUCACACAGGACUUCCUGUGGAAGCUGAAACUAUUGAACCUCAUCAAUCCAGUAAACAGCAGAUCUACCACACUGAUAAGUGUCCAGCCACCAGUGUUCUUGCCUCCCAAAUUGGUCCAUCCCCAGUGGUCAAUCACCUUCUCCUGGGCAGGAGACCAAGACCCUGUGAACGAUCCUUAAAGAAUGGUAUGAUCCAUAACGGUGGAUCUCCUCAAUCCCACUCAACGCCGCUUCUGGAUCAGAUGGUUCGGUCCAGACAUCAUUCGCCCUGGCGCACGCAUGUUCGAGCACACCGGAGGAACAUCGCAAGAGCGAGGGCUCAGCUCGGCUUUGAUGACUCUCUGGAGGCAGAAGACGAUCAGACGGAUGAAAGCAAAACUGAAGGAGCAUCUAUGGAGGGAGAGGAGACCAAAUCCGAGGAAGCAGACGAAGAUAAAAUUGAAAACACGGCAGCUGGAGGCUCAGAUGUUUCUAAGCAAGAACUGCAGGAGAUUGAUAGACAGCUGUCUGCACUAGAACUGGACCCGGAAUCUUCACCAGAUCCGUCAACUCCAGAACCAGCUUUGGAUCCAGACCCACAAUCAGAUCCAACUAUUACUCCAGAACCACAGGCAGAUCCCAAUCCCACUACUCCAGAUCCUGAUCCCACCAUUCAAGAUCCCAGUUUCACCAUUCAAAAUCCCAAUUCCACCAUUCAAAAUCCCAGUCCCACCAUUCAAGAAUCCAAACCCACCACUAAAGAUUCCUGUUUCACCAUUCAAAAUCCCAAUUCAAUUGUUCAAAGUCCCAGUUCUGCUGUUCAAAAUCCCAGUCUCGCCAUUCAAAAUCCAAAUACCAUUGUUCAAAAUCCCAACUCCUCCAUUCAAAAUCCCAAUCCCACCAUUCAAGAUCCCAAUCCCACAGAUCAAAAUCCCAAUUCCAGCAUUCAAAACCUCAAUAUCACCAUUCAAGAUGUCAAUCCCACCACUCCACCUCAGGCUCCGCUCACAUCCAGCCGCCGUCCCGGUUCCGACUCCUCCAGCUCCGAAAGUGGAAGCUCCCUGAGAAGAAGUGCUUCAUCAUUAGCAGGAGAUCCUCCAAAAGCACAGCAGCAGAUCUACUCCCCAUUCCCUUGCAUCAAAACACCCCGAAAAUCCACGGCUGCAAGAAACCUGGGUCUCUACGGCCCAACAGCCAGAACUCCAAACGUACACUUCCCACAGAUGAGCAGAAGCAUGAACCGUGUAGGAAACACCACAAAACGCCGGUGAUGAGUUGUAGACUGCUAAUAAUAAAGAAGAGCACUUAUUGGGUUCCUCUUCAUUUGGGUUUAAAUUCCAGACUUGUGAAAGCACAUGCAUUUUGAAGUCUAAUAUGCUUCCAGAUACUUAAGCACUGCAAAAAAAAAAAAAAAAAAGAUUUUCACUCUUGGUGUUCUUGUUUGCCUAAUACAUGUGUCUAAACCAGAUGUGCCCAAUCUUGGUCCUGGAGGGCCGCUGUCCUGCACAGUUUAGCUCCAACUUCCUUUGACACACCUGGCUGGAAGAUUCUAGUAUAGCUAGGAAGAACUUCAUUAGCCUGUUCAGCUGUGUUUAAUAUGAGUUGGAGCUUAAAUAUGCAGGACACCGGCCCUCCUGGAUCAAGUUUGGGCAACUCUGGUCUAAACCAGUGUUUCUCAACCAGGUUCCUGGAAGACCACUAGCACUGCACAUGUUCCAUGUCUCUUCAUUAAACACACUUGAUUCAGAGCAUCAGCCCAUUAGCACAGACUAAAAGACCUGUAAUGGGUGUGACCGGCAAAGGAGACAUCUAAAAACAUGCAGUGAUGGUGGUCCUGCACAGUUUAGCUCCAACUUCCUUCAACACACACCUGGCUGGAAGAUUCUAGUAUAGCUAGGAAGAACUUCAUUAGGCGGUUCAGCUGUGUUUAAUUGGGGUUGGAGCUUAAAUAUGCAGGACACCGGCCCUCCAGGACUGAGUAUGGGCAAUCCUGGUCCUGGUGUUUCUCAACCACGUUCCUGGAGGACCACUAGCACUGCACGUUUUCAAUGCCUCCCUCAUUAAACACACCUGAUUCAGAUUAUCAGCUCAUUAGCACUGACUGAAAGACCUGUAAUGAGUGUGACCGGCAAAUGAGACAUCCAAAACAUGCAGUGAUGGUGGUCCUGUAUAGUUUAGCCCCAACUUUCUUCAACACAUCUGGCUGGAAGAUUCUAGUAUAGCUAGGAAGAACUUUAUUAGGCGGUUCAGCUGUGUUUAAUUGAGGUUGGAGCUUAAAUAUGCAGGACACCGGCCCUCCAGGACUGAGUUUGGGCAAACCUGGUCCCAGUGUUCCUCAAUCACAUUCCUGGAGGACCACUAGCACUGCACAUUUUUCAUGUCUCCCUCAUUAAACACAGAUCAUCAGCUCAUUAGCACUGACUGAAAGACAUGUUAUGGGUGUGACCGGCAAAGGAGACAUCCAAAACACACAGUGAUGGUGGUCCUCCAGGAACAUGGUUGAGAAACACUGGUCUAAACAUUCUAAAAUCAAAAUGGAGUUUUACUUGAUAAGCAAAAUUGCGGCAAAACAUUUGCACAAAAAGGAAUUGAAUUUUAAAUGAAGAAUGUGCUAAAACGAAGCUGAUGCUUUCCGCCAAACUAGCAGAAGUGGCAUUUCUCGUGUUAUUCAACAUCUUAAAUAAAUCUAUUUUGAAUCAUGGAUGUUUACAUAUUAAUAUCGGAAAAUUAGACAAAAAUACCAAGCAAGAAAAGCAUUUUUUUUUUGCAUUGGAAACAUGCCAUGUACUUUUCAGAUAAUUUAACGCUCUGAUGAUGUUGUUCACUUAAUAUAAUGAAGGCUGUAUCCUGUUUUUUAUUUAAAUGAGACCCUAACAAAACAUCUGGGAAUAGACCCUAUUGAAUGAAGGCUUUUGCAUCAUUGAAAGCAUUUUUUUGCAUGCUCAGAUCACCAGUAUUCACUACAAUGCACUGUGUAUGUUUACGUAACUGCUCCAAAGCUGCAUAAUCACAUUUAUGUCAAAUAUCUGAUGCUAAAUGACUGAGAAAUGCUUAAACUCAGUCAAAUGGCACCCAUAAAACUUUCCAUGUCA